UUGCGAAAAAGCAUGAUCCUUCGAUCCUUUUUCAAUAUCCUUCAUCCAUCUCUCCCUCUCUCCGCCCACUCCGUAUCCAUCUUCCUCGCUUUCAUCGCACCCACUCCUCCGUCCUCUCCUUCUCUUCUCACUACAUAAAUCCUCUCCCUCUCUCUCUCUCUCACCCUCGCCAGAGCAAUCCAGAGGAGCCAUGGAUGCUAUGUCAUCGUCGGCGUGUGCUUCGUGGAUUCGCAGGCCUGAGAACAAACACCUAGUGAUCAUGGGACGGACGAAGACCCGCUCUAGCCCGCCUCUUCUUGAGAUUUUCUCAUUUGAUCCCAAGACUGCCUCCCUCGCCUCUGAUUCAUUGACUAGGGUUUUGAUGGGAGACGAAGAUGGUGAUCCAAUGGGAUUCGCUGUGCAUCCUAGCGGAGAUGAGAUUGUCUGUUCUACCUCCAUUGGAUGCAAGUUAUUUGAGUUGGACUUUGAGGAUUUGAAUAUAAAGCUGGUGAGCAAAGACUUCUCUCCUCUUCAGUCUAUUGGUCCUCAGAAAUGUGUGGCUUUUAGUACUGAUGGCUCGAAAUUCGCUGUAGGCGGAGAGGAUGGGCAUCUCAGAAUCUUUGAGUGGCCAAGUUUACAUGUUUUAUUGGAUGAACCUAAUGCUCAUAAAUCUUUCGGAGACAUGGAUAUCAGCUUAGAUUCCGAGUUUCUAGCAUCAACAUCUACUGAUGGUUCUGCACGUAUUUGGAAGAUCAAUGAGGGUGUUCCAUUGACUACUUUGACUCGUUCUUCGGAAGAAAAGAUUGAGUGUUGUCGAUUUUCUCGUGAUGGGAUGAGGCCAUUCCUAUUUUGCACAGUGAAAAAAGGUGCCCAAGUGACAACCGGCGUGUGGGAUAUUAGUACGUGGAACAAAAUUGGGCAUAAAAGAUUGCUCAAGAAGCCUGCUUCUGUACUUUCUGUUAGCUUAGAUGGAAAGUAUCUCGCACUCGGAAGCAAUGAUGGUGACAUAGCUGUAGUUGAAGUAAAGAAGAUGGAAAUCUCUCAUUGGAGCAAGAAGCUUCAUCUUGGAGCAAGCAUUUCCUCAAUUGAGUUCUGCCCCACUGAAAGGGUAGUGCUUUCCACAUCAAGUCGAGGGGGAACAACAAUUACAAGACUUAAUGUUCCUGCUGAUUGGAAAGAGUGGCAGAUAUAUGUUCUACUUUUAGGUCUCUUCCUGGUGUCUGCUAUGAUAUUCUAUCUACUUUAUGAAAACUCUGAUUCUUUCUGGAAUUUUCCUCUUGAGAGAACUCAACCUGCAAAAACAAGGGAAGCCUUUUUUAGUGAUGCUCAGUUUGCAGAUGAUCAAAACCCCUGGUGACGGAUCACAGAAAACAAAUAUAUAUGGUUUUAUUUUAAGUUAAAUUUUAAGUCCUUUUUUCCAAGCUGUGCUUUUACAACACAUUUACACAAUCACUGUAUGUUACAAUUUUUUACUUGAAUCACUAGCAAAUAAAAAUUUAGCCGAUUGUAUGUGGUA